UGGGGACCGGAAAUGCGGCCGGACCGGAAGUGCCGGGGGCGUACGCGCGGGGAGCGAUGGGGUUCGGAGGCAAAAUCAACCGGCCCCGAACGGAGCUGCGCAAGAAGCUCUUCAAGCGGCGGCGGGAGCGGGCGCGGGGCCGGCGGCAGAAGCGGCGGUCGCUGUCGGUACCGGCGGUUCCGGCCCCGGUGUGGGGGAAGCGGCUGCGGAAGGAGCUGAAGCGGCUGCGGGGGGCGUCGCGGAGGGCGCUGAAGGCGGCGGUGACCGAGGGGAAGAGGCCGCGGGAGGCGGCGGGGAGCGGGAAUGGCGACGUGGAGAUGCCGGAGGCGGCGGCGGCGGAGUGACCCCGGUGCCAUCCCCGGUGCCAUCGGUGCCACCUUGCUGGGUCCUCCCCGGUGCCCUCUCGGUGCUCCCGGUGUCCGUGCUGGGGCCACCUGUUUGUCCUCAGUUUGGCACCAGGGUCCCAAGUCCCUGGCCCCAGUCCCUCCCAGUGCCCCCAGUGUCCCCAGUAAAGGAUCUCCCUCUCUCUCCUGUCCCCAGUGUCCCCAGUAAAGGAUUUCUCUCUAUCAAUAAAGGAUUUUUUUCUCUCUC